AUGGAAUUUGUUCUAUCAUCAAUUGUAGAGAAAUUGCAACAUCAACCAAAUUCAGCACUCUCUACCAUAUGUUUCAUAAUCAUAAGUAUCUUGUGUAUUGUUAAGUUCACAAGAAGAAACAAGAAGAUCAAUAACCUUCCACCAUCUCCACCAAAGCUACCAUUAAUUGGAAACCUUCAUCAACUAGGAACACUUCCACACCAAUCUUUAAAGGCACUUUCUAAAAAAUAUGGCCCUCUUUUGUUGCUUCAAUUAGGGCAAACUCAAGCCCUAGUUGUCUCUUCAGCAGAACUUGUUGAAGAAAUAGCAAAAUCACAUGAUGUUGCUUUCUCCAAUAGAGCAAACAAUAAAGCUGCAAGGGUUUUCUUCCAUCAAUGCAACGAGGUUGCUUUUGCACCCUAUGGAGAGGAAUGGAGAAAAAAAAGGAAGCUCUGUGUUCUUGAGCUUCUAAGCACAAAUAGGAUGAUUAUUGCAACAUCAACAAACAUAUCUAGUAGGUGCAUUUUCGGGCAAAGGUUCGAAACCAGUGAUGAUGGUAGAAAAAGCAUUGCUAAGGUUCUGAGAAAGAUGAUGUCACAAUUAACAACACUUGGGGUUGGAGAUUUGUUCCCUUCAUUGGAUUGGGUUGAUGUUCUUACAGGUUUCAUGUCAAGAUUAAAAGUUACUUUUGCUGAAUUAGAUGCGUUUUUAGAAGAGGUUAUUGAAGAGCAUAAGAGAAAGAAAAAUUGUGAUGAUAAUAAUAAAGAUUUCGUUGAUGUACUUCUUCAACUUCAAGAGAGGGACAUGCUUGAGUUUGAGCUCAAUGGAGAUACCAUGAAAUCACUCCUCUUGGUUUGGUUUCAAUUCUCUCUUUAG